AUGGUCACCAGGUCGUCCUGUGUCACCUUGGGUCGUCCUGGGUCGUCCUGGGUCGUCCUGGGUCACCCUGGGUCGUCCUGGGUCGUCCUGGGUCGUCCUGGGUCACCCUGGGUUGUCCUGGGUCACCCUUGGUCAUCCUGGGUCACCCUGGGUCGUCCUGGGUCACCCUGGGUCACCCUGGGUCGUCCUGAGUCACCCUGGGUAACCCUGGGUCACGUUGGGUUGUCCUGGGUUGUCCUGGGUCGUCCUGGGUCACCCUGGGUCGUCCUGGGUCACCUUGGGUCGUCCUGGGUCGUCCAGGGUCACCCUGGGUCGUCCUGGGUCACCCUGGGUUGUCCUGCGUCACCUUGGGUCGUCCUGGGUCACCUUGGGUCACCCUGGGUCGUCCUGGGUCACCCUUGGUCAUCCUGGGUCACCCUGGGUCGUCCUGGGUCACCCUGGGUCGUCCUGGGUCACCCUGGGUCGUCCUGGGUCACCUUGGGUUGUCCUGGGUCGUCUUGGGUCACCCUGGGUUGUCCUGGGUCACCUUGGGUCGUCCUGGGUCGUCCUGGGUCACCCUGGGUCACCCUGGGUCGUCCUGGGUCAACUUGGGUCACCCUGGGUCGUCCUGGGUCACCCUUGGUCAUCCUGGGUCACCCUGGGUCACCUUGGGUCGUCCUGGGUCACCUUGGGUCACCCUGGGUCGUCCUGGGUCACCCUUGGUCAUCCUGGGUCACCCUGGGUCACCCUGGGUCGUCCUGGGUCACCCUGGGUCAUCCUGGAUCAUCCUGGGUCACCCUGGGUAACCCUGGGUCGUCCUUGGUCACCCUGGGUCGUCCUGGGUCACCCUGGGUCACCCUGGGUCGUCCUGGGUCACCUUGGGUCGUCCUGGGUCGUCCUGGGUCACCCUGGGUUGUCCUGGGUCGUCCUGGGUCGUCCUGGGUCACCCUGGGUCGUCCUGGGUCACCUUGGGUCGUCCUGGGUCACCUUGGGUCACCCUGGGUCGUCCUGGGUCACCCUUGGUCAUCCUGGGUCACCCUGGGUUGUCCUGGGUCACCGUGGGUCACCCUGGGUCGUCCUGGGUCACCUUGGGUCGUCCUGGGUCAUCCUGGGUCACCCUGGGUCGUCUUGGGCCACCUUGGGUUGUCCUGGGUCACCUUGGGUCGUCCUGGGUCACCCUGGGUCGUCCUGGGUCACCCUGGGUCGUCCUGGGUCACCUUGGGUCGUCCUGGGUCACCUUCGGUCACCCUGGGUCGUCCUGGGUCACCCUUGGUCAUCCUGGGUCACCCUGGGUUGUCCUGGGUCACCGUGGGUCACCCUGGGUCAUCCUGGGUCGUCCUGGGUCACCUUGGGUUGUCCUGGGUCAUCCUGGGUCACCCUGGGUCGUCUUGGGCCACCUUGGGUCGUCCUGGGCCACCUUGGGUCGUCCUGGGUCACCUUGGGUCGUCCUGGGUUGUCCUGGGUCGUCCUGGGUCACCCUGGGUCGUCCUGGGUCACCUUGGGUCGUCCUGGGUCACCUUGGGUCACCCUGGGUCGUCCUGGGUCACCCUUGGUCAUCCUGGGUCAUCCUGGGUCGUCCUGGGUCAUCCUGGGUCGUCCUGGGUCACCCUGGGUCGUCUUGGGCCACCUUGGGUUGUCCUGGGUCACCUUGGGUCGUCCUGGGUCACCCUGGGUCGUCCUGGGUCACCCUGGGUCGUCCUGGGUCACCUUCGGUCACCCUGGGUCGUCCUGGGUCACCCUUGGUCAUCCUGGGUCACCCUGGGUUGUCCUGGGUCACCGUGGGUCACCCUGGGUCACCCUGGGUCAUCCUGGGUCGUCCUGGGUCACCUUGGGUUGUCCUGGGUCAUCCUGGGUCACCCUGGGUCGUCUUGGGCCACCUUGGGUCGUCCUGGGCCACCUUGGGUCGUCCUGGGUUGUCCUGGGUCGUCCUGGGUCACCCUGGGUCGUCCUGGGUCACCUUGGGUCGUCCUGGGUCACCUUGGGUCACCCUGGGUCGUCCUGGGUCACCCUUGGUCAUCCUGGGUCAUCCUGGGUCGUCCUGGGUCAUCCUGGGUCGUCCUGGGUCACCCUUGGUCAUCCUGGGUCAUCCUGGGUCGUCCUGGGUCAUCCUGGGUCGCCCCCCCCACUCAGCUGCCCAAACACUCAUCCAUGCUGUCAUCACUUUCAGACUUGAUUAUUCCAUGA